AUGUCGCUCAUGGUCGUCAGCGUGGUGUGUGUUGGGUUCUUCUUGCUGCAGGGGGCCUGGCCACAUGAGGGUGGUCAGGACAAGCCCUUGCUGUCUGCCUGGCCCAGCCUUGUGGUGCCUCCAGGACAUGUGAUUCUUCAGUGUCACUCUUAUCUUAGGUUUAACAACUUCAGUCUCUACAGGGAGGAUGGGGUGCCUGUCCCUGAGCUCUACAACAGAAUAUUCUGGAACAGCCUUUUCAUGGGCCCUGUGACCUCAGCACAAGCAGGGACCUACAGAUGUCGGGGUUCACACCCACACUCCCCCAGUGGGUGGUCAGCAUCCAGCAACCCCUGCGUAAUGACAGUCUCCAUCAGCUUUGAAGGAGUCCACAGAAAACCUUCCCUCCUGGCCCUCCCAGGUCCCCUGGUGAAAUCAGAAGAGACAGUCAUCCUGCAAUGUUGGUCAGAUGUCAAGUUUGAGCACUUCCUUCUGCACAGAGAGGAGAAGGUUGAGGACACUUUGCGCCUCACUGGAGAGCUCCAUGAUGGGUUCUCCAAGGCCAGCUUCUCCAUCGGUCCCAUGACGCCUGCCCUUGCAGGGACCUACAGAUGCUAUGGUUCUGUUACGCAUUCCCCCUAUCAGUUGUCAGCUCCCAGUGACCCUCUGGACAUCGUGAUCACAGGUCUAUAUGAGAAACCUUCUCUCUCAGCCCAGCCAGGCCCCACGGUUCGCGCAGGAGAGAACGUGACCUUGUCCUGCAGUUCCUGGAGCUCCUUUGACAUGUACCAUCUAUCCAGGGAGGGGGAGGCCCAUCAACUUAGGCUCCCUGCAGUGCCGAGCAUCAAUGGAACAUUCCAGGCCGACUUCCCUCUGGGCCCUGCUACCCACAGAGGGACCUACAGAUGCUUCGGCUCUUUCCGUGGAUCUCCCUACGAGUGGUCAGACCCGAGUGACCCACUGCUUGUUUCUGUCACAGGAAACCCUUCAAGUAGUUGGCCUUCACCCACUGAACCAAGCUUCAAAACUGGUAUCGCCAGGCACCUGCAUGCUGUGAUUAGGUACUCAGUGGCCAUCAUCCUCUUCACCACCCUCCUCUUCUUUCUCCUUCGUCGCUGGUGCUCCAAAAAAAAAAAUGCUGCUGUAAUGGACCAAGAGCCUGCGGGGGACAGAACAGUGAACACGGAGGACUCUGAUGAACAAGACCCUCAGGAGGUGACAUAUGCACAGUUGGAUCAGUGCAUUUUCACACAGAGAAAAAUCACUGGCCCUUCUCAGAGAACCAAGAGACCCCCAACAGAUACCAGUGUGUACAUAGAACUUCCAAAGGCUGAGCCCAGAGCGUUGUCUCCUUCCCACAAGCACCACAGACAGGCCUUGAUGGGAUCUUCUAGAGAGACAAUAGCCCUGUCUCAAAAUCAGCUUGCCAGCUCCCAUGUACCAGCAGCUGGAAUCCGAAGGCGUCAGUCUGCAUCUUAG